AUGCCUUUGGAUCUCAUUCCAUCAAUACUAUCACUUUCAAUUGAUGACUUAGCUCUCACAAUGUUGGGGUUUAUGAAUAACAGGGCAGCAGCACCUGCAGCUAAGAACACAGUUGAUAAUACUCUUAUUUUGACAGAAGAAAUAAUCAGAUUAAAUGGAAUCUACAAGCGGUUACUUUCAAAUGCUGGGGUUAAAUUAUAUGAAGGAGAGGGAAAGAUAGUUGGUCCAAAUGAAGUUGAGGUGACGCAACUAGAUGGUACUAAAAUAUGCUAUUCAGCAAAACACAUACUCAUUGCAACCGGCAGCAGGGCUUAUCGACCGGCUAUUCCAGGGCAGGAGUUAGCUAUAACCUCUGACGAAGCCUUGAGCUUGGAAGAGUUACCUAAGCGUGCUGUCAUACUUGGGGGUAGAGCUCUUGUGCGAGUAUCAUUCAACAGUAAUCUGCAGAAGUCGGACUACAAUAUGAAUGCAGUUGGUUCUCAUUUAUACCCUCAGAAUCCAGUCCUCCGCCUUGGAAGUCAUCUCAACUUCAGUGUAGAAGGUAGAAAUCUUAAUCUGAAAUUGAUGAAUAAUUCAAAUGCUAUUUUUUUUUGUCUGAAAUCUAUACUAAACCAUUGGAACAGCUUAGCUCAGCUAACUCUAAUCCUUAAGUUGGAUAUGCCCAGUAGUUGUAGGAAUGCCAUCAAGGAUUUAUCCGUUGGGUUAAGCUUGAAAGCUCAAACAUUGAGUGUGAAGGAUUAUGAUGCAGAAAAUUACAAAUUAUAUGAAGAAGUUGGAGAAGGUGUCAGCGCCACUGUUCACCGGGCUCUCUGCAUUCCUUUGUGUUGA